CUGCAGUAUUUAAGUUUGCUCGUCGUAACUUCAGUCUGUGCAGCAGAGUUGACUCCACAAAAUAUUUCAACCUCAGGGUUUGGCUAUGAGUUGGUGCAAGAGCGGUUGGAUCAGCUACAAUUUAGCUUUUUAGAGCUUUUUGUCCACGUUAAGGAGCUGGGUGAAACCGUACUGAACAAUCAGCGCUCCUUGGAGGGAAAUCAGCAGCAAGUGAACCAGUUAAUGCACCACCACCAGAAGCAGCUGACCGACCGCGUUGACGACCUGCAGGUCGGCGUAUCGGCCAACGUUUCACUGGUGGCGGACUACUCAAAACAAAUUUUGAAUCUCCAAACCAUCUGCGCAAAUCAUGACAAGAUUCGGCAAGAACUUGAAAGAUUCAGGCCGAAUUCAACCCACGCUCUGAAAGUUGACUUUUCAAAUCCGGAAUCAAAAGAUGAUACAAAGAAAGCCAACAUCAAGUCAUGCAAGUCUGCAAACUCCAAAUCUUCCGGAAUCUUUAACCUGCUUCUGACGGACGACUCACCCCCAAUCCCCGUGUUCUGCGAGUUGCAACGCUUCGCAAUGAGCUUCGGCGGAGGUUGGCUCGUAAUCCAGCAGAGAUUCGACGGAUCGGUCAACUUUUACCGUGGUUGGUCCGACUAUCGGGACGGAUUCGGCGUGAUUGGGGAGGAGUUUUGGCUGGGACUGGAAGCAAUUCACCAAAUUACGAAACGUGGGACGUACGAGUUGAUGGUGGAGUUGGAGGACUUUUCGGGAAACUACAAGUACGCUCGCUAUACCGAGUUUCAGCUGGGUGGUGAAGCUGAGAAAUAUGCACUGAACAAGCUUGGAAGUUAUAGCGGAACGGCUGACGAUUCUCUGGCGUAUCACAAGGGAAUGAAGUUUUCGACGUUUGACAGUGACAAUGAUCCUCAUAGUUCGAAUUGUGCCAAGCAAUAUAAGGGAGCUUGGUGGUAUCAGGCGUGUCAUUUCAGUAAUCUCAACGGUGAACACCUCAAUCAGAAAAGUUCCGCAACCAUCAACUGGCAGAAAAGUACCAGUUGGACCGAAGCAGGAUUGAAGUAUACGAGAAUGAUGAUUCGGGAGAAAUAA